AUGAUGAGCUCCAAAGAGGAGGAAACUCUCCGUUUUUUCCAGUAUGUUGAGGAGAACGGGCUGAGAGCCUACAACGGCUUGGUAGCUCAGAACCUGGACCACGCCAGGAAUGAGAGAAAUAGGACAUUCCUGCAGGAGAAAAACGACAAGAAGAGAAAACAGGAGGAAGCCAUACGGAGGACAGGUGAGGACAUUGAGACCGAAGGCAAGCACUUGUGUAUGGGCUCCAUUACAAUGCCGGACCCCCAGGAACGCAUGCCCAUGCCCCACCCUCAUGCCCUCGCCUGUGGGCAGGGCUUCUCCGUACGCUCCCAGUCCCUCCACUCUGUCGGUGGUGGGAACAGUGGGGGCGGAGGAGAGGAGGAAGUAGGAAGCCCGACCUCUAGGAAGCAGCCCCCACCCAAGCCCAGGAGGGACCCGGCCACCAAGCUGAGCAUGUCGUCUGAGGCGGUGGACCACAGUCCCACAUCCACCUGCCGCGGGGAGAGAUGUGACGCAGCUCAAGGAUGCAGUGAGGACUGCAGGAGGGUGCCUCCACCCAAACCUAAGAGGAACCCCAACACACAACUGAGCGUUUCCUUCGAUGAGUCCUACAUCAAGAGCCACGUAGGCGGCGGGGUUUGCCCCUCCAGAGCCCUCCACCACGUGACCUCCCCCUACGAACGCAACUACUCGCCUCCGCAGAGCGAUGAGAGCCCUACAGACGACUGUGAAGACGAGCCUGUCUACAUCGAGAUGGGCGGUAUUGAUGUCGGCCCACGGGAACCCUUGAAGAGUGAGGACGAGGAGCCAGGAGAGUCUGUGUACGAGGAGAUGAAGUACCCAGCUCUGGAUGAUAUGGAGUACCGCACGGACCCCGUGGGGUGUCGCUCCGCGUGCCCCACGCCGGCGCCCUAUGACCCUGAACCUCUCAGUCGCUGCUCCACCCCACGAAACAUUCCACUCUGUGACAUUCCUGCACCCUUUCCCAAUUUACUUACCCAUCGGCCUCCGCUGCUGGUGUUCCCACCGGCGCCGGCCCAGUGCUCGCCAAACUCAGACGAGUCUCCCCUCACCCCUCUAGAUGUAACCAAAUUGCCCAUGAUGGAGAACCAAUCCUACAGCAAAUCUCCAACAUCCUCCAGCGAGCUACCCUCCUCUGCACACAUACGCAGGGAACUCACUGCCACCCCAACCCUCACCGUGUCUGGCCGCUCUUCUGCGCCUCCUCUACCCUGUACCCUCUACAAAUCCUCCUCCUCGUCCUCCUAUCAGCGCAGCCAUUCAGCUUGCCCGUCGCCAGUCAGCAUGGGCCGCUGUCUCACCCCUCUCAGCCUCAUGCGUACACCUCCCUUUGACGCUCCAAUGCCAUUCCCUGGCGGUCUGCCGCGGAGUGCCUCUGCAACCCCUCACGGCAAAGGCUCGCCACCUCAAGACGGUGCGGGUCGACUCCAUGGCUCCAUGCAGAAUGUGUCAACGGGGCGUUCACGGACACCCACCAGCCCACUGGAUGAACUCACCAACCUGUUCACGACUGGCAGGAACAUGCUGAAGAAAAAUGCCAGUGGAAGGAAGUCUAAAGAGCCUGGAGAGACCGAGUCCAAAAGCAAGUCUCACAGUGAGUCCAAGCGUGAGGGCAAGGAGCGCCACAGCCACGGUCACAGCAAGGAGUCCAAGAGAGACUCCAAGGAUCGCCACAGGAUAGCAAGGACAAGGGCUGCAGCAGUGUAG